UCACAGCAGCAGCGGCAGCAGCAGCGGCGGUGUCAUCAUGUCUGGUCGGGGCAAGGGCGGCAAGGGGCUCGGCAAGGGCGGCGCCAAGCGCCACCGCAAGGUGCUGCGCGACAACAUCCAGGGCAUCACCAAGCCGGCCAUCCGCCGCCUGGCUCGGCGCGGCGGCGUCAAGCGCAUCUCGGGGCUGAUCUACGAGGAGACGCGCGGGGUGCUCAAGGUGUUCCUGGAGAACGUGAUCCGCGACGCCGUCACCUACACGGAGCACGCCAAGAGGAAGACCGUCACGGCCAUGGACGUGGUCUACGCCCUCAAGCGCCAGGGUCGCACUCUGUACGGCUUCGGCGGCUAAAGCUUUGCGCUCCUACCAGACCAUCGCAACAGAGACCCAAAGGCUCUUUUAAGAGCCACCCACCUUUUCUUUUAAAAGAGCUGUUUCGCUGUCCUUGUUUCGU